AUGUUGGCUACUAAUGAUAUCAUUAAGUCUCAAUAUGAGACUCUAUUGCAUAAUAGACAUUCAAUGAAUUCAUGGCUUCCUUUACCACAUCCAUGUGUAUUCACUUCGAAUUGGUCAUCUUUAGAAAUCAAUAUGAACAAGAGUCAUUCAUUAGCAUGUUUACAUUCAAAGCGCACAUUUGAUUCGAAUGCCUCAUCAGCAUUGAAACAAUGUGUAAAAGAAUCCUGCCUGAAUAUUAAUGAACAAACACUCAUGACAAAAGACGCCAAUUUAAACAGUGAUAUUUCUGUGGCAAUCAAUGAAGAAUGUGAAACAGAUUCAAAUAUAAUCCGGGAUGAACACAGUAUA